AUCCGCGGAUAAGCGAUGCGGAGAGUGUGUGGAAGUUUCAAAACUGAAGUGAAGAGUGAAGAAGAGACAAGAACAAUGGCCAACGUUUCAAUUCCACUCCCUCGAAACGGUUUCUGCAUACCCAGUUACACAACCAAACGCCCAUCUUUCACCCCUCCACUCACAAUUUCUUGCUCUGGAGUAGCUGACUUAGAUGGAUCUCAUCAGAAUAAGGGAGGUUUCUUCAGUUUCAAUGGAAUGAAGGGCGUGGCCUGUGGUAUUCUUGCAGCUUGUGCUGUUACUUCUGCUGCAUUUCCCGUUACUGCUGCUACCCAGAGACUUCCCCCAUUGUCGACUGAGCCCAAUCGCUGUGAGCGUGCAUUUAUUGGCAACACAAUUGGUCAGGCAAAUGGUGUAUACGAUAAACCAUUAGAUCUCCGGCAAUGUGAUUUCACAAAUGAAAAAUCCAACCUCAAGGGGAAGUCUCUCUCUGCAGCACUCAUGUCGGAUGCUAAGUUUGAUGGUGCUGAUAUGACAGAAGUUAUAAUGUCUAAGGCUUAUGCUGCUGGUGCCAGCUUUAAAGGGGUGGACUUCUCAAAUGCAGUGUUGGACCGUGUGAACUUCGAGAAAGCUGAUCUUGAAGGAGCUGUAUUUAAGAACACAGUAUUGUCGGGCUCCACCUUUGACGAGGCUAAGCUGGACAAGGCAGUUUUUGAGGACACUAUUAUUGGUUAUAUUGAUCUCCAGAAACUCUGCACAAACAAGUCCAUCAAUGAUGAAGGGAGAGCUGAACUAGGAUGUCGAUGAAAAGAACUAUAGUAUGCUGCUAUGCCAUGACGUACCACAGCUAUUUUGAUGAAAAUUUAAUUCUUUGCUUUUGUUGCAUGAUGUUGCAUAACUUUGUAGUAUUCCUCGUGAUUUUAACAUAUAAAUCCAAGUAUAUGUGAUCAUUUUA